AUGCCCGCCGUUUCUACCGCCAGCACUAUCACCAAAGCAUCUAAGAAGAAGAGCUUCCCUAAGAAGACGUCCACUGACAGAGGCAGCCUCAAGGAAAGUGACGCCCACAUUAGGGAAAAGAAGUUGAAGGACAAGAAGAGAAAGCGCUCCAAGAGAAAGCGUACUACUAAUGAGAAUCCUCUUCCUUCCAACCAGGUCAAGGAGGAGCCUUCCAACGAAGGUGACUCCAACUCCACCCCAUCUCCGCAGGUUCUGGAAUCCAAGCCUGUUGAGCCAACCAAGGAAAAGAAGAAGUCCAAGCAGAAGUUCCUCUCCAACGAGGGCGACUCCUACUACAUUUCCGACUUUUUCAGUUUCCAGCUCAUUCUUGAGGGUUUUGUACCGCUCAACCCAGGUCAGGUUUCUGACUUUAAGACCCAAAAGAAUGAGCCUUGUCCAGAGGUGAAGGAAUCUGAGCCCGAGGUCAUCUUUCAGGUCGAACCAAAAUUGCCUGAGCCAGUCAACCCAAUUCAGACCUCUUUGCCUGAACCAGUCAACCCAAUUCAGGUAACUCCUGAACCAGAGGUUAUCCCAGCGAUUUCCCCUAAGCUGGUCACUAACUACGCCCAGGUGGCAACACUUUUGCCCUUGGACUUCCCUGUUUUCAAGACCUGGUCGUCUUUGUCGCAGACUGAAAAGACCUACUACCCAGGCGACUUUUACCAUUUCAGAAAGUGCCUCAAGGAGGAGGAACCCUCUUUCCUUCCCAAGGAAUUCUACUUCUGGAAGGAGACCGUCUCCGAGAAGUCUGCCGAGUCUUUCGACAUCGAGGACUUUUUCGAAUUCCAACUCAUCCUGGAGGAGCUCUUGGCUCUUGAGCCACGGAAGAAGACCGCAAAGCAAAAGAAGGUCUUUCUCGUGAACGACGGACAAUUUUUCGUCACCGACUUUUUCAGCUUCCAAACGAUCGCUGAAAGUCUCGAAUCACUUGACGGUGAGUUGUCUGACUACGAGUUCUGCUUGCGUGAAGAGCAGUUUGACUUGUACUCUGAGGAGCCUGUGAAGACUCAGGAGGUCUACUUCCCCGACGACUUCUGCAAAUUCUUCCAGCUCUGGACUUCCAGUCCCAAAUACAACAGGGUUUUUCUUCCAAAUGACUUUUACUUUUGGAAGGAUGCCACAAACGACGAAGACACUCCUUCAUUCUUGCCAAGGGACUUUUUCCACUGGCAGAGUAUUUUCAACGAAAGAAGCAACGAAUCCUUCCUUCCCCAGGAUUUCUGCUUCUUUCAGAACAUCAUCGAAUCAGUUGAGCCCCCUUUUGCUCCUGAAACCAUCGAUGAAACAAAGGCAUCCAAUCUUCCCCUGGAGCGCCUGACUUCGGAGUUCUUUCCAAGAGGCUUCGUUCCUUGGAAGAGCCAAACUGAAAAAGUGACUUCAUACCUUGGAGUCAUUUUUAAGCUUCCGAAGAACAACUUCACUGAGGCCUUUACUAUAAAGCCUACGGUGAACCCACAGAAUCUGCAUCCUGACGAGGUUUACGAGCUGGACAGCUCGGAGCAGUCUUCCCUCUUUGAGAUGGUACGCCAUUGGGAUGCAGAUUUGAGUGACUCUGAAUUUGAUGUCUGCCUUGAUAAGGUGGACUGA